AAAAAGUUUAGAAAAAAAAAAACAAAAACAAAUUCUUCACCGUUCAAUUCAAUCGAAUAAAAAGAGGAAGAAAAGAGAAGAGAAAAACCCUCUCGCCGUCGUGUACUUCUUACCCUCUUCUCUCUUUCCCUCUCUUCCUUCACACAACGAACAAAAAUCUUGCAUAGAGGAGGAAUUUGAGUGAAAGAAGAAGAACAAGAUGUUUGGAAGAGCACCCAAAAAAAGUAAUAAUACGAAGUAUUAUGAGAUCUUGGGAGUGCCGAAAAGUGCUUCUCCUGAUGAUCUAAAGAAGGCUUAUAAGAAAGCUGCCAUUAAGAAUCAUCCUGAUAAGGGCGGUGAUCCUGAAAAGUUUAAGGAAUUGGCUCAUGCCUAUGAGGUUUUAAGUGAUCCCGAAAAGCGUGAGAUAUACGAUCAAUAUGGAGAGGAUGCCCUUAAGGAAGGGAUGGGCGGUGGCGGUGGAGGACAUGACCCAUUUGAUAUCUUCUCCUCAUUCUUUGGGGGAAAUCCCUUUGGUGGUGGUGGGAGUAGUAGAGGUCGAAGGCAAAGAAGGGGGGAGGAUGUCAUCCAUCCACUUAAGGUUUCAUUGGAGGAUCUUUACAAUGGUACUUCCAAGAAACUGUCUCUUGCUCGUAAUGUCAUCUGCUCCAAGUGCAAGGGUAAAGGAUCAAAAUCUGGUGCUUCAAUGAAUUGUCCUGGCUGCCAAGGGUCUGGAGUGAAAAUCUCAAUCAGGCAGCUUGGUCCUUCUAUGAUCCAGCAGAUGCAACAUACUUGUAAUGAUUGCAAGGGUACCGGUGAAACCAUUAAUGACCGAGACCGUUGCCCACAAUGUAAGGGUGAGAAGGUUGUGCAGGAGAAGAAAGUUUUGGAGGUUCAUGUUGAGAAGGGAAUGCAAAGUAGACAAAAGAUUACAUUUCCUGGAGAAGCUGAUGAGGCCCCCGACACCGUCACAGGAGAUAUCGUAUUUAUCCUACAGCAGAAGGAGCACUCGAAAUUCAAGCGAAAGGGUGAUGAUCUGUUUUACGAACAUAACCUUUUGCUAACUGAGGCCCUCUGUGGUUUCCAGUUUGUAUUAGCCCAUCUCGACAAUAGACAAUUGCUAAUAAAAUCCGGGCCUGGAGAAGUUGUUAAACCAGACUCGUUCAAGGCAAUAAAUGACGAAGGUAUGCCCAUGCAUCAGAGACCAUUCAUGAAAGGGAACUUAUACAUCCACUUCACUGUAGAGUUCCCCGAUACCCUUACAUUAGACCAAUGCAAGUCUCUAGAAGCUGUGCUUCCUCCGAGGUCGUCCCCACUGCUUACCGAUAUGGAGUUAGAUGAAUGUGAGGAGACAACUCUUCAUAAUGUCAAUAUGGAGGAGGAAAUGCGCAGGAAGGAGGCUCGAGCCCACCAAGAGGCUUAUGAUGAAGAUGAAGAUGAAGAUAUGCAUGGGGGUGGUCAGCGGGUUCAGUGUGCUCAACAAUAAUCUUGGUUGAAGUUCGUUUACAUGAAUCUCGAGCUAGUGUCUCUGCUGACCAGAGCUAAGGCAUGCCGUAGCGUAAACACUGAUGGUUAUGUAUCGACAACAAUAUUUUUAAAUUUUUGUUCAAGCAUCAUAGUUUAUUGAAUCGUAGAGAUCAUUACGAAUUCUUGUCGGGCAAACUGGCAAAUUUUCUGUUGAAACAAUCUUCUAUUUCAUUUGUAGUUGGGUGCUUUAAAAAAGGGUUAGGUUUGUGUAGAACAUUUUUCCUUGCUAACUAAGAUAUAUAAUUGUUGCUAGAAGUUGUGACUUGUUCUAGAAUCAUUCAAGUAAAGAAUGAAGUCCUAAGUGUUUGUA